GGAUAACGGCAUGUUCGAAAUUCGGUGUUGUUUUCUGGAAGGAGAGAGCAUGAAUGUGUCAGAUGAUUUAAAUUUGGGUUUAUGAUGUUUAGCGAAAACGCGAUUUAACGUAAUAAUGGGAUUUAAUAGAGAUAUUAAAGAGUUAUUAUUUCUACGAAGUGGAAAAGUCAUGGAACAAAGCGAAAUUUUGAAAUUGAUCGAUAGGUGAUGCCAUUUUGUACGGCUCGAUUUAUAUCGAUUGCGAGGGGUCGGAAGUUCGGGUUGAAAUCGAACUCGUUCGAAAAUGAGGAAAACUAAAAACGGGAUUUAAAUAUUUACAAUUAUUUACUGGCGCAUUUUUACAGGAUUAUUUUCUACAAUUUUAUUUCUGACCUAGGAAUCAUCCGUGUACACGUUACACGUAUUUAAACGAGUUUGAGCGAAUUGGUACACGGCGAGGUUAGGUUAACCUAUCAUUGUUUUAAAUGGAUUAUGCUUUGCACGAAUAAACGGUAUCGCAACAAUUUUGAAAAUGGGAGAUAAAGGAGAACCAAUUAUUUGUGUACCAGGUCAAAGACUGUGCGUGGCGGAUAAGGCUAAUCUCGCAGGACCUGGAACGUACGAGCAGCACGGUUAUAUUUAUUCAAAACUUGCUGGUGUAAUUAAACUGGUGAAAAAUGAAAAUACAUGUACGGUAGAAGUACAUGGGACGACGGAACAGAGCAUUGUGCCAGCUCCGGGUGAUAUCGUAACAGCAAUGGUUACACUAGUUAACCAGAGACUAUGCAAAUGUAUCAUUAAAUGCAUAGGUGACAUUGUUUUGACUAGACCUUAUAGGGCAAUUUUACGGAAAGAAGAUGUUAGAGCAACCCAAAAAGAUUUGACGGAAAUGUACAAAUGCUUCCGACCUGGUGACAUAAUUCUCGCUAGAGUUAUGCCAAUGACAGAGCCACAUGUAUAUCAGAUUACUACAGCAGAAAAUGAGUUGGGUGUUGUCAUAGCGCACAGCGAAGAAGGCGUAGCAAUGGUGCCGAUCAGUUGGGUGGAAAUGCAGUGCCCAAAGACAAUGACUAAGGAAUUUCGUAAAGUAGCUAAAGUGGUUCCCGAACACGUGGUUGCUGAACAAUGAAACAUACUUUCCGUUCCUAAAACGUCUACAAGAAUUUUCCUUCAGAACCUUCUGUACAAAUUUUAACUAAAUAAAUUAUUUUACUUUCUGAAUAA